CCGUAAUUUCAGAAUAGUUCUCUCGUUAUUGUUAAAUAUUAUGCUACAAAAUAAUAAUAAUACUGAAAAGUAUAAAUUGAUGAUUUCUUAUGGAUAGAUCUCAAAGUAUAUAGAGAAUGAAGACAGAUAACAUGAAAACUGUUCAUUUUAAUGAUAAAGUCAAUGAGUCGUCAUAUGAAAAUUCGAUAUCAGUUCGAAGCUACAUCAUAAAAUUGGUGAUAUUUACCUCAGUGAUGAUGUCGGUGACUAUUUUAAUCACCCAAUUGAUAACGGACAUACAAGUUCUUCGUGAUGCAUUUAGUAAACAGGAUUUUUUAGCUCCAUUCAUACUGUUUAUUGUGGCAACUGUGCUCCUCAUGCUUGUAAUAUUCGUGGAAAAGUUGAAAUCCAUUCGUCCUCUCAUGUACACAAUGAUUUCAAUAAUCGUUAUACUUUAUUCCAUAGGUGUUACUGCUGUAUGUUCUUUACUCGAUGUAUGGUAUAAUCUUCUUGCAUUGGUGUUAACAAUAGUGUUCGCUGUGACCGCCGUUUUCAUUGGUUACAAGAUACAAACACUGGGGAAGAAAGCGUCGGUAACUAUGGUAAUAAUAGCGUCUACAUGUAUGCUAUGCUCUGUCGUCUUCUUUUUCUUGGGUAUUAUUGAUAGAUUGUAUUUAGUUUUUGCUGGACUGUUCGCCAGCAUUGGAAUAUCAAUUAUAUGCCCAAUAUCCUUCAAACGAGUUUGUAUCAGUACUUGUUUUACGAUGUGCGAAUUCUAAUUAAAAUGAUUGACUUUAUGAUGUAUACACCUUGAUGACGAUAGUCACAUUCUUCAACAAUAGCAAAUGGAUGCUGUCAAUAAACCCCUUUGGAAUUUUCAUCCUAACCUUAACCGGCGAAGUUCAACAAUAGCGUCCCAAUGUGGUGAGAGCAGGCUGCUAGCCGAUUGGUUGACACUAAGCUACGUUAAUAUGGGCCGUGAGAAAAUAUGAACAAGGCUGAGUCAACAACCAAUCACAGCAAAGUUAACGUGGCAAAAUAUGAUUAGCAGAUAGAGAAUUCUAUUUGUCAAGGAAUCCCGAAACAACCAAUCAGAAGCCUGCGUUUGUCUGCCUAACCUCUGAUAAACAACCAAUCAGAUGACUGCGCUUGUGUAUAAUAAUGUAUGUGAAAUAUGUAUAAAUACGUGUUGAUUUUCAUAAUAAAACGAUCUGUUGCCUGGCCCUUGUCUUCUGUUGUUACACCAUG